UAAACGGGAAGACGGAUGGCCCUGAGUGAUUAAUGAGCUGCCCACGAAGGUCGGUCCACUUUACACGAAGAGCGGCGUCACAAAUAAGUCUCCCCUUCCAUUUUAGGGGGAGAUAACUCACAUCCAGUCCCGUGUCCAUGUCUUAACUCUGACCCGAAGCCAGUUAGAUUGAGAAAAACGCCUCCGCUCAGUUUGUUUUUUUAGCAGGUUACUCAUUUCAGAUCACACACACUAUCAAAGCUCCUAAUCGUUUUUCAGUGUGGUCACAGACCUAUUGCUACCCUGCAGCUAUGCAGCUCAACAUCAGCCUGCAUUAUGAUCCGGCCUUUCGUGUCCCCUUAUGAAUAAUACGAUGAUAGAGUGUAGUUUUACAGGUACUCUACAUUUAUUUUUCAUGCGAUCAGCUUCUUCUUCAGCUUCAUCAACAUCAGCAUCAGCGGGAGAAGCAGCACAGCACGCCAACGCGCAAAAACCCAGAGUAGGGAGCCGAUACGACGUGAGCGCGCAGUAACGCCGCGGCGCGCAUGCACAGCUGUCAGCACCAAGGACAGCAGCCGCUCAGCCCCCCGAGCGACCAGCCAGCGACGCGAUCAGUCCGGACAGAGCGCACGGAGCGGCGGCUGGAGAGAGCGAUACACGCCCUGGAGAGGAAGCCGACUCUAAGCUUAGGCGAUGAUUUAACUCUUCAAAACCGCAAGGAGGUUUGAGGAGAGGGGAAAAAAACACAGAAGGUGUAUAGAAUGCGGGUUGGAUGUUCCUGGUCUGUUUCUAAUAGACUAUGAACAUGCACAUUCCUCCGCAUUGUAUAUAACCACCCAUUUUUUUCUUCAGUCUCCCUCUUCCUUUUCUGGCCACCCUCCCUCGCUCACGCCGCCCACCUGGAUCGCGUCUGCAGUCUUGCGUUCAACCGAGGCUGAGUCGCGCUGCUGUCCAGAAGAAGCUGGUCGAGCCGACCCGCCACCGGAGAGAAAAGCGACCGGUCCGCACUGUGCUGUUUGGUGGUCCACACGAUGCGUCUGUUUCUGCUGGCGGUGCUCUUCUCGUGCUCCUGCGCGCGGGCCGGCUGUGAGCCGAAGAUUGUGAACAUCGGAGCCGUCCUCAGCCACAAGAGAUACGAGCAGGUCUUCAAAGAUGCCGUGACCCAGGCCAACCAGGUCCACGGCAGGGACAAAUUCAAGCUGACAGCCAUCUCGGUAACGCACAAGCCCAACGCCAUCCAGAUGGCUCUCUCCGUCUGCGAGGACCUCAUCUCCAGUCAGGUCUAUGCAAUCCUGGUGAGUCACCCUCCUCAGUCCAAUGACCACCUCACUCCAACGCCCGUCUCCUACACUGCAGGCUUCUACCGCAUUCCCGUUGUGGGGCUCACCACCCGCAUGUCCAUCUACUCAGACAAGAGUAUCCACCUGUCCUUUCUGCGGACAGUCCCUCCCUACUCCCACCAGGCACACGUGUGGUUUGACCUGAUGCGCGAGUUCAACUGGAACCACAUAAUCCUGAUCGUGAGCGACGACCACGAGGGCCGGGCCGCCCAAAAGAGACUUGAGACCCUCUUGGAGGAGAGGGAAACCAAGAAUAAAAAAAGGAACUAUGAAAACCUCGACCAACUGUCCUAUGACAACAAGCGAGGACCUAAGGCAGAGAAAGUCCUCCAGUUCAGCCAGGAGACUAACUUAACUGCCCUGCUGCUGGAGGCGAAAGAGCUGGAGGCCCGAGUCAUCAUCCUGUCCGCCAGUGAGGAAGACGCUGCCGCGGUGUACAAGGCCGCCCGCUACCUCAACAUGACGGGCUCAGGCUACGUGUGGCUGGUUGGAGAGCGGGAGAUGUCGGGUAAAGCCCUGAAUGAGGCGCCAGACGGUCUGAUCGGCCUCCAGCUCAUCAAUGGGAAGAACGAGUCGGCACACAUCAAUGACGCGGUGGCCGUGGUCGCUCAGUCCAUCCAGGAACUGUUUGAGAAGGAGAACAUCACAGAACCCCCGAGAGGAUGCGUAGGCAACACCAACAUCUGGAAAACAGGGCCUCUUUUUAAACGGGUGCUCAUGUCAUCUAAGUACCCAGAAGGCCUCACAGGACGCGUGGAGUUCAACGACGAUGGAGACAGGAAGUACGCCCACUACAGUAUAUUCAACUAUCAGAAGAGUCGGCUCGUUCAAGUCGGCAUAUACAACGGAACGCAGGUGGUAAUGAACAAUCAGCGGAAGAUCAUCUGGCCCGGAGGAGAGACUGAAAAACCACAGGGCUUCCAGAUGUCCACUCGAUUAAAGAUAGUGACGAUACACCAGGAGCCAUUUGUGUAUGUGAAACCCACGAUGCCGGACGGAACAUGCAAGGAGGAAAUGACAUUAAAUGGAGUCUUAAUUAAAAAGGUUAUCUGCACUGGGCCCAAUGAGACCAUCCCAGGUAACACAUCAGGACGCCCAAUUGUACCGCAAUGUUGUUACGGAUUCUGUAUUGAUCUCCUGAUCAAAUUGGCUAUGACCAUGAACUUUACCUAUGAAGUGCAUCUGGUGGCUGAUGGGAAAUUUGGAACUCAGGAGCGGGUGAACAACAGUAACAAGAAAGAGUGGAAUGGGAUGAUGGGAGAGCUCCUGGGAGGCCUGGCUGACAUGAUUGUGGCCCCGCUGACUAUAAACAAUGAACGAGCCCAGUAUAUAGAGUUCUCCAAGCCCUUUAAAUAUCAAGGCCUCACUAUUCUGGUUAAAAAAGAAAUCCCUCGCAGUACACUGGACUCGUUUAUGCAGCCGUUCCAAAGCACACUGUGGCUGUUGGUGGGUCUUUCGGUGCAUGUGGUGGCGGUGAUGCUUUACCUACUAGACCGGUUCAGCCCGUUUGGAAGAUUUAAAGUAAACAGUGAAGAAGAAGAAGAAGAUGCCCUCACCUUAUCAUCUGCCAUGUGGUUCUCCUGGGGAGUGUUGCUGAAUUCUGGAAUAGGAGAAGGCGCGCCGCGUAGCUUCUCAGCGAGAAUCCUGGGCAUGGUGUGGGCUGGUUUUGCUAUGAUCAUUGUGGCUUCUUAUACUGCCAACCUGGCUGCCUUCCUGGUGUUGGACCGGCCUGAGGAGCGCAUCACCGGCAUCAAUGACCCAAGGCUGAGAAACCCAUCGGACAAGUUCAUCUACGCCACGGUGAAACAAAGCUCUGUGGACAUCUACUUCCGGCGGCAGGUGGAGCUUAGCACCAUGUACCGCCACAUGGAGAAGCACAACUAUGAGAGUGCCGCCGAAGCUAUCCAAGCAGUGCGUGACAACAAGCUGCAUGCAUUCAUCUGGGACUCUGCGGUGCUGGAGUUUGAAGCCUCGCAGAAGUGCGACCUGGUGACCACGGGAGAGCUGUUUUUCCGUUCGGGCUUUGGCAUAGGCAUGCGCAAGGACAGCCCCUGGAAACAGAAUGUGUCCCUGGCCAUUCUCAGUUCUCAUGAGAACGGCUUCAUGGAAGACCUAGAUAAAACCUGGGUGAGAUACCAGGAGUGUGACUCAAGGAGCAAUGCCCCAGCCACACUCACCUUUGAAAAUAUGGCAGGUGUCUUCAUGCUGGUGGCUGGAGGCAUAGCAGCAGGGAUCUUCCUCAUAUUCAUUGAAAUUGCCUAUAAGCGCCAUAAAGACGCCCGCAGGAAGCAGAUGCAGCUCGCCUUUGCGGCCGUCAAUGUUUGGAGGAAGAACUUGCAGCCCUCUUCCUCUCUAGAGACUCAGGAUGAUAGGAAAAGUGGUAGAGCAGAGCCCGACCCCAAAAAGAAAGCCUCUUUUAGGUCCAUCAGUACCACCCUGGCCUCCAGCAUCAAGAGACGUAGGUCCUCCAAAGACACGCAGUACCCACCCACUGACAUCACGGGCCAACUCAACUUGUCUGACCCGUCUGUCAGCACCGUGGUGUAGGAAGAGACAGAGAAAGAGAGAGGGGGCGACGUCGAGGUUCGCUCGCCCAGAGGAGAGAGGAAACGUGACGAGGGAGGAGGAGAGGAAGCGGCCGGGGAAAGGCUCCUCGUUCCCUUCCUCGCCAAAGCCGAAGCUUUCAUUUCACCGCCUGCCGACGACGGAGCUUUUGAGAAACCCGCUUGCUGACGAAGUGUCCUGAAAAGACACUGAACUUGCACCUUUUUUUAAAGACAGGAUUACCUGCUCUUAGAUGUUUGUAGGGUCCCUGAGCAUGCACACAAGAACCCAUCUGACUCACAUAUACAAUCUUUUCCUUCUCUAUAUUAUCAGCUAACUUAUUUAACCUUGUUUUGUCCUUUUACGCACAUACAUUUACUUAAUGUUUGAUGUGUUCCAAUACCCUGAGCAGCUGUGUAACUUUUAGCGAGCCAGGUUUAGUUUGGUUAAGUUUACGAAUAAACCAGAUCUGGUGCAUCUAUUCGACAUAUCACUACCGUUUAGGGCCUAGUUAUCACAGUGAUAUCUAGUAUUUCUUAAAACCACAUACUGCAAUACAUGACGUACUGUAAGCUUCAGUGGAGAUCAAGUAUUUUUAAUAGAAACUAUGUGUUUUUAUCUACACUUUUAAGGUUUUUAGACGACAUUUCUUUCAUUGGGAAGCAUUAAUAAUGACACUAAAAGACGAGCAUAAUCUUGUCUACCAGUGACGAUGACGAAAGCAUGUGUGUGUUUGUAUAUGAAUUAAGAGCUUUAUGUAUCUGAAUGGUGAUGAUGAUUAUUGUUUCUCCGAAGGCUAUGGAUCAGAUUUUGUAGAUGUUCAACUUGUGUCUUUCUCCCCUUUAAUUCUGCACUAAUGCACGUGUAUGUAUUUUUAAUAAGAAGUUUGAAUUGUUACUUAGCUUUACUAUUUAUAGCUAGAUAUAAGCAGGCGAUAUAAGAGAUUACAGACUAAUUAGCAGUUUGAUGAGUCAGUUAAGAAUCAUUGGGGUUUUUCUCGCUCUCUUUUUGUUUUCUUCUCUUAAAUGUUGCAAACACUCGGCUUUUAGCCGUUUUGGGAAGCCCCCUCUCCAUCCUCUCUCCUGCCGCAGCAGUCUUUCUCAUUUCCAGUCUCAAAGGGGUUGCAUCAAGGGGCCAAGUUCUUCACCCAACCAGCACUCAGUCUUUCGCGCAAAACCCGCCUCCCCGCGCCAGCGCCGGAGAACUUUUGCGCGAAGGAACCCGAGUGAAUUGAAAGCUUCGCUCCACUUGCGAGCUUGUGUGCAGGUCUUGGUUAGGUGCAAAAACAGGCCGUUUCCCGGUUUCUGGAGAUAAGAAACCACUGCUGCUAAGAAGACCAUCAUGUCCUUUCGGCACUGCAUACAGCACUUUAUGCUGAGGGGUCUCCCAAACCGUAAAGAAGAAUCCUGAUUUGCCAAGAAACAACUGUCAAACAAAUUAACUUCUUCACUGUAAGCUGCUUCAGUUUCGCAAUUCCCCUUUUUGUUUUACUUUUCUCUGUUGGCGAGACAUCUACAAAGUCUAAAUUUCUUAUUUUAAAUCAAGAGGCAACUUCUGAUCUUGUUCUCAUUCAGGCAUCCUGUGCAUGCGUAUGUGUUAUUAUUAAUGCUUUAGUUUUUUUGUUUUUGUUUGUUUGUUUGUUUUGAUGAGUGUUGUUCCUGUAUACAGUAAGUUAGGCUGCAAGAAGCAUUUAAAUUGAAUGAAAUGUAAAUAGAGUCUGGUUACAUGUAGAUGUGGCUGAGGAGGUUGUACUGCGUGCAUUUGGACUGCAGCUGAGAAUGUUUUAACCUAUAGUUACAAACACAACAGGCAUGCAUCACACACACACACACACACACACACACACACACACACACACACACACACACACACACACAAACACAAACACAUCAACACACGUGUACACAAAACCCAUUAAGGGAGAAUUCACUUGUUUUUCUUACCUUUUCCAGUAAAGACCUUGCAUUGAAUCAUCUUGUUUAUACAACUGUAAAUAAAAUAUACUUACAUUGCCACA